GGUGCAAAAGCAAAUCUCAAUGUUAACUACAAAUUUAGUUUGCAUCGCACCGCCCGCCGUUUCUAAGCAAUCGGAAUCCAAAGUGUCACACACCAAAAAAAAAAUAUCAAACGGCUAAUUUUCUUAAUUAAAUUAGAGAGCGUUGAUUCGAGGAGCUAAGAAAUGAAUGUUUAGGGAGAAUCAUAAUCAAAAUGUCUCAACAAAAAGGAGGGGCACCGAAGAUUGGCAGUUUAAACAAUACCUUGAAAAGAGUUGUGAAAAAUGUUGAUAAGGACACUGAAAAUUCAGCGGAAAAUGCCCACUUGGAUGAUUUGUAUACGAGAUACAGACAGAGGUUACGAAAAUCGCUCUUUAUAUCAGGCCUGUCCAUUUCACUGACAACAUGUUUACUAUCCAUUUUAUUUGGAUUGCUUCAGGACUAUAAUAUUAUCCAUAUAACACUACUUAUAAUCGCGGGGCUUGUCUCGGGUUGUAUCCUUGUAGCUCUUCAAUUUCCUGCAGUUUUAAGUUCACCUGUUGCAGCACUAGCGUUUGCAAUAAUCACUACAUUUUCCCUUGGUAUUAUAGCAGCCAUUACAGGAGAUGAAUUGGCGCCUCUUCCAAUUUUUGCAGUUUUUCUGGGAAUUCAUACGAUGCUUCCGAUCUCAUGGCCCGUUUCAUUGGUAUUGGCGUUAUUCAUGACAAUUUUUCAUGUGGUUCAUAAGAUCGGUUUCAGCUCAGGGUUUUCGCCUGAUAUCGAUAUGCUAAUUGCUGAGGUUAUCAUGUUAGCAACUGCAUCGAUUUCUGGUUUGUAUUAUAGAAUAAUGUCAGAUGCGGCACAUAAUCGGACAGUAGACGGAACACGUACUGGCAUAGAACAAAGAGUCAAACUGGAGUGUGAACGCGAACAACAGGAACAACUUCUUUUAAGCGUUAUACCUGCUUACAUAGCAGCUGAGGUUAAAAGAAGUAUAAUGUUAAAAAUGGCUGAUGCAUGCCAGCGCGCUGGUGGACAAGCUUAUUCAGCUCGAUUUCAUGAGCUUCACGUUCAGCGUCAUAAUAAUGUUUCAAUUUUGUAUGCGGACAUUGUAAACUUUACUCCUCUCUCAGAGCAACUAACAGCCAGUGACUUGGUCAAAACACUUAAUGAUCUUUUCGGCCGUUUUGAUCAAAUCGCGCAAGAAAAUCAAUGUUUACGUAUUAAAAUUUUAGGAGAUUGUUAUUAUUGUGUAUCUGGUUUGCCAAUAUCAAGACCACAGCACGCUGCUAAUUGUGUUAAUAUGGGCUUGCAGAUGAUUGACGCCAUUAAGCAUGUUCGGGAAGCUACCGGUAUCAAUGUUGAUAUGCGGAUUGGAAUUCAUACAGGGAAUGUAUUGUGUGGAGUUCUUGGUUUAAGAAAAUGGCAGUUUGAUGUAUGGAGCGAUGAUGUUACAACAGCUAAUCAUAUGGAAAGUGGUGGCGUAGCUGGGAGAGUUCAUAUAACAAAACAAACUCUUUCGUAUCUUGGCGGUAAAUUUGAAGUUGAACCAGGGAACGGCGGCUCUCGUGACUUCUAUCUUUCUGACCAUAAAUUAGAGACUUAUUUAAUUAUUCCACCAAAGAAACAAUAUGACCUUCCACGAGUUGUAGAGACACUCAAUACACCUUCCCCAAAGGAAACAACAAGUUAUCUACCGUUGAAUCAAAUUUCAAUUAUAGAGACAGAAGACUCAGAAGAAUUGGUGAAUAGCGAUAAAAGCCAUUUGUCCCUUAACAUAGAGGAUAAUUUAAAAUGUCUACCACCAAACUCAUUAAACAUAACAUGCAACGAUGAAUCCAAAACAUUAUGUAAAAAUAAAGACCUGAGUAACGUACGCGAAAUUGAAACAAUUAUUGAACCUAGCGUGAAAUCUACCCUCUCAAGUGAAAGCAAAAAUCCGAAAAGUGAAGUGGGCGGUAAUACUUUUGAAGAAAGUUUAACAGAAAAAGAAAAAGGAAAACGGAAACUUUCAGUGCAAGGAAUUAUGGCUUUUGGUGAUAGACGCCGGUCGUCCGGGGCUUUCAUGGACAGUAGAAAGCACUCAAUCACGAAUGGAGAAAGUUUUCGUUCUAUCGGAGGCACUGCCACACCCGGAGGCCCACCCACACGACACAGACCAUCAUCAAAAAUGACAAAGUAUGUAGAAUGCUGGGGUGCAGAUAAACCUUUUGCCAACAUAGCUGAAUCAAAGUUAGUUAAAAAUAUCGGACUUGCGAGCAUUGCUAUGAUAGAGUCUAAUCUCUUGCCACCAGAGAGAAGAUGUUCAAACUUUAACUGUUUCGGACCUCCAACAGAGUUGAAACCAAUAACAAUGUGGUACCGGAACUCUUCCCGUGAAACCCUAUACCGAGCUCAACCCGAUCCCCAUUUCCGAUAUGAUUUGUUCUGUGCGUUUAGUAUAUUUUUGCUGCUAGCAAUAAUUCAAUUGAAAGUACUUGAACUAAACGUAGCUUUGUUGGGGUCCAUUGGAGCAAGUGCAAUAUGUUUUGGACUAUUUCUAUAUCUUUGUAACGUAAAAGUUUUAGAGAAUUCUUCGACUCCAACUUAUAGUCCAGGUCAAGUUGUAGCCAGUAGCCGUACAGUAAGAUUGUCUAUGUUUUUGGUAGUUAAUGCUCUAGUUUCAUCUUGUUCUGUUUUUAGUGUGAUCAACUUCUCUGGAGAAACUACUAUUGAUGUUCCCAUUAGCUCGUAUAACGACUCGGCGACAUACCUACCACCUUCGCCAACAGUACACUUCUCACCAGCCCCAGCAUAUCUUCUUUGUUGCGCCUUAAGCCUCACAUGUGUUUCGGCAUUUCUUAGAGCUGGUUUCAUUUUGAAACUAAUUGUAAUGGUGAUAGCUGCAUUGGCUGAGGUUAUUGUGCUAGGAUAUAGUGAUUUGUUUUCAGACUAUAAUAAAUUGCAUUCUGAAACCAGCAUAUUGCACCUCGAAGUGAAAGGGUUCAUGUUUCUUUGUCUUAUAAUUGCUGUUUUGCAUACGUUAGACCGGCAAGGAGAGUACGUUGCUCGAACGGAUUUCUUAUGGAAAGCAAAAUUGAAGGUUGAACAAGAAGAAGUUGAAACUAUGCGCGGUAUCAAUAAGAUUUUACUCGAAAAUAUACUUCCAGCUCACGUUGCUACACACUUUCUUCAUCAGGAUCGGUCUACUGAACUGUAUCAUGAAAGCUACUCUAGCGUAGCAGUAAUGUUUGCUUCAAUUCCUAAUUACAAAGAGUUUUACGAUGAAACUGAUGUUAACAAACAGGGAUUAGAAUGCCUGCGGCUUUUGAACGAAAUUAUAUGUGAUUUUGAUAAGCUCCUUCUUAAACCAAAGUUUAGCGGGAUUGAAAAAAUCAAAACUAUCGCAAGUACAUACAUGUGUGCAUCAGGGCUAAGGCCAGGAAAAGAAGAUGGAUCUACUGAUGAAAGACGAACUGAAGAGCACAAUGUAGUUAUCCAAGUGGAAUUCGCUAUUGCUCUGAUGGGUAUUCUCGAUUCAAUAAAUCGAGAAUCAUUUCAGAGAUUCCGACUACGAAUAGGAUUAAAUCAUGGUUCAGUGAUUGCAGGAGUUAUUGGUGCACAAAAACCGCAGUAUGAUAUAUGGAGUAACACGGUGAAUGUUGCAUCUAGGAUGGAUUCAUGUGGAGUUAUGGGUCGCCUGCAGACUACUGAAAGUACAGCAAAGAUUCUAAUGGAUGCAGGAUAUACAUGUGAAUGUCGUGGGCCUAUAUUUGUGAAAGGCAAAGGAACAUUAAUCACUUACUUCGUCAAAACACCAUUUGAUGGGAAGCUGUAAAAACUAUAUACAUUGAUAUCAAUCGCAAAACGUUCAAUAAAAUAAUUUUGGAUCGGCCCCAACUGAAAAAAAUACCAUUCUUUUUUCUAUUCGGAUGUUUAAAAUGGCUUGAAAAACAUUGACUAAUUGAAGAAUCAUUGACAUUCUGUGAAUAUUUGCGUCAAAAGUUUGGCAGUCCAUUUUCUUACAUUCAUAAUGGUAAAUAGUGUAAAUUAAGCCUACUUAAAUAAAUUGGAAAAUUCGCGUUGUUUAAUCGUUAAAUCUGCACAACACUGAAUUCGAUAUCAGGACGCAUAUAGCUAU